UGUCACUUGACGUUUCGGAUUUUACGCACGAAACCCCUUUGCUGUAUUCCCGCAAGUAUUAUGCUCUUGCUUUACGUUCAUUUCGCCUAGGCUUUAUUUGUGAAAUUCGUUGAUAUUUUGUCAAAAUAUAAUUUAAUUGAAAUGUAUGUUACAUUCCAAAUGCGAUAGGCCUGUGUGUGAGUGAGAGAUGAUACCAAAUGGUCUUUUCAGACAGAAGACGGCGAAGACCCGAUCCAUGAACUGCUUGAUAUCGACCUCGUUUUAUUUGUCAUAUUCUAUUCAAGGUUCUGUAUUCUGAUGUCGACAACAUGAGAAAGGCAUUCAUAAAACACGUCAAAAGGUUUCCGUGGCUUACCAACGUAACCCUCUACGGUUGCCUGUUUGCCGGUGGGGAUUUCGUUCACCAGUUGUUCUCGCGCAAUGACAAAAUAGACUGGAGGCACACGCGUAAUGUGUCAGUGGUCGCUUUCAGUUUCCAUGGCAACUUUAACUUCUUCUGGAUGCGGUUUUUGGAGCGCAGAUUUCCCGGGAAUUCGGUCAGGAUGGUUGUGCGUAAACUUUUCUUGGACCAGACCACAGCCGCUCCUCUGGCCACUAGUGUAUUCUACACAGGGGUGAGUUUCUUGGAGGGCAAAGAGGACAUUUUCCAGGACUGGAGGGAGAAGUUCCUGAAUACAUAUAAGACUGGACUCAUGUUCUGGCCAUUCAUGCAGUUCCUGAACUUUUCCAUGGUGCCUCUGUACAUGCGGACCACCUUCACAGGGUGCUGUGCCUUCGUGUGGGCCACCUUCCUGUGUUUUUCACGUCAGAGUGGGGACGGCACGGCUGACGCCGCCCUCGCAUGGAUGUUUACUCCAAAACAGGAUACGACGACAGAGCCUGAAGCGGAGAAACUAGGGCCCAAAGUGGACCACACAGGGCCAAAAGUGGACCAGACAGGGCCCAAAGUGGACCAGACAGGGCCCAAACUAGACACAGAAGGACCCAAACCGGAGAACCCAAGCUCCAAAGAGGAGACACAAACACCCACUGUUAAGCAGGACGACCAAGCACGAACAAAGGAGGUGGAGGCUAGUUUGAACAAGGGCGCACAAACUGACACAACACCUAGCCAGGAGAAGGGACCACAGACAAGCACUGACUCAAAAUGAAUCUCUGGUAGAUUCUAGUUCUAUAGAACCUUCAGAUAAGAAUACUGUCUAUUUAGGAAUCUUUUAUCUCAAAAUGUUCUCAUCUCGAAACGUUCAAUUCUAAUGUGCUAUGCUACUGCACAAGAUGUCGGCAAGAUGUCGGGUGUAACGGAAUGCUAUACCAAGAGGCUUUGUAUUUAUUGAAAUUGUUAUUGAUAACAAUUGAAUCCAGCAUUCUUAAACAAACCAUACUUGAACAUAGAAGUGCUUGUACUAGUUGAUAAUCAAUGCUCGAUAUAGAUUUUUGCUUGAUAUUAUUAUCCGUUAAAAAAUGUUUGAAAAGAUUUUCCAUUGCACGUCCUGAAUGAACAUAACUCUGAAAUGGCUCCUACGCAGAUGAUAUUCACAUCACAGAUCUGCUUCCCCUCAGAAUCUGCUUCCCCAAGCAGACAUCUGUGUCCACCCUCCUCCUCCUUUUCCUCCUCCUCAUCAAGCAGACGUCUGUCCACCCUCCUCCUUCUGUCAAGGCUCUCAUUAUGCGGACCAGUUGAUUGAUAAACAGAUGUUCAGGGUAUUGAUUAGGCAUUUGUUUUAAUACAAUUAGUGUGAUUACACUGGGUUAAUUAGAAUAUGUGUCUGGCUUGGCUCUGCCAAUGAUGACAGUGAAGCUACGUUGAUAGGGGAGCCUGGUAUUUCUUUUAAUAGUGAUUGUGGAAACUGGGGAGGAUCAAAUUGUACUGUAUGUCUGAAUAACUGGGAUUACAGUAGAUAUUGUGUGGAGAACGCUGAAACUACUGCUGUUGUCAUGAUAUAUAUUAUAUUUCCUAUCAUGUCUGUACAUGAUCCAACUAGUACAUAAUGUUUAGCAGGGCAUUAUGUACCUGUCGGUACUAUAGGGCUAUAUUCAAUUGUUUUUAUCUGUGGGAUCAAUCUAAAAACAUAUCUGUAUUUCUACUAGUACACAAUUGUUAUACAUUGUAAUAUGAUUAAUAUGAUAUUUCACUAAAUAUUUCGAAUGUAGGCCUAUUGGUGCACAUCAAUCCAAGUCUAUUGUGAGACUAACCUUGCCUCAGAUUAAAUAUAUUUAUUAUUGUAAAUUAAAAU